GGUUUAAUCAACUUUAAUGCGCCUACACCCAUUGUCUGGGUGAUGGUGAUGGUGAUGGUGAUGAUGGUGAUGGUGAUGGUGAUGGUGAUGGUGAUCAUGGUGAUCAUGGUGAUCAUGGUGAUGGUGAUGGUGAUGGUGAUGGUGAUGAUGGUGAUGGUGAUCAUGGUGAUGGUGAUCAUGGUGAUGGUGAUGGUGAUUGUGAUGGUGAUGGUGAUGGUGAUGGUGAUGAUGGUGAUGGUGAUGGUGAUGGUGAUGGUGAUGGUGAUGAUGGUGAUGGUGAUGGUGAUGGUGAUGGUGAUGAUGGUGAUGGUGAUGGUGGGCAACAAGAGGCCGAGGCGACGACCUGGGAAAAGAGAAGGAGAGGGAAGACAGGGAGGAGAGGGAGGAGAGGGAGGAGAGGGAGGAGAGCGAAGAGAGGGAGGAGAAAUAGGAGGAGGAGGAGGGGAGGAGAAAAAGAGAGGAGUGAAAGAGAACAAAACCACUCGACAAAGAUUCUCAGACGCGGACUAACCCAAUCUCUGAGUUCCAUUAAAAAAAUUGCAAUCAAUGCUGCACUGCCUC